AGUCUCGACGAUAGUUCGAGCCACCUCCCGAACAAAUAUAAUAUAGAAUAUUUCAUUUUCUUCAAUGGCAAAGGGCAAAGUAGAAAAAGUUUAUUUAGUAGUAGUGGAACAAUAAAUAUUCUUGGUUAGACAUGAAAAAUAAAUAUUAAAAAAUAUAUUUACAAAGUAAUCCCCAAAGUUAUAAAUUAUAUGUCAAAAUAAUAAAGUUAAAAAGUAGAAUAAAAUAGUGGAGAAAAUGUAUCUCAACUCUCGAGUGAACAAUAAAGUCAAAUAAAUUAUAAAUUGACUUCAAGGUCUUCCAAAAAUCUCUUGCUAUUUUUUUAUAAACUAAAAAAAAACAUCUCAGGGAUAAUGAAUUUCAAGGUACUUGCAGAUUCAGGAUUGAAUGACAAUCAUCGUCGUCAUUCAAUUUUAUCAAAUAACAACAACAAAAACAAUAAUGAAACAAUAAUAAUAUCAAAUUUAACAGAUGGUGAAAUAAUAAAUCACAGUAUAGUAUUAAUACGUGGUAAAGCACCAUCUUUAUGUUCAUAUAUAAAUAUACGUGAUAAAAAAAAUAAACCAACAGAAUGGCCAAUAAUAUCUGGUGAAUUUCGUAUAUUAGUUGAUUUAAUAAAAGGACAAAAUAAACUUGAGCUAGAAGCUGGUGGUAUUAAACGUCGUUUAACAUUAAUUCAUGAACCACGUAUAACACGUCAACGUGUUACACCAGUAUAUGUUAUAUGUGCUGGACAUGAUGGUUAUUUUCAAGGACCAAAAAAUCAAGAUAAAUCACCAGAAAGUGCUGCAACAAGAAUUGGUAUUGGUGCUAGAUUAUUACAAUGUUUAACUGCUGAAAAAUUACGUGAAUCUGGACAUGGUAGAAAAACAUUUCAACUUGAACGUGAUAUUGAUGGUCCUGAAUGUUUAGUAUUACAUAGUGUUUUACAUGUUGAUAAAGCACGUGAAAUGAGUCAACGUGAAUUAUGGGAAUUUAUUGGACGUGAAUUAAUGACUGGUCCAUUAGCAUCACGUGAUAGAAAAUAUAUGGCAUUUUUAUCAUGUACAAGAUACAAAGGUUCAUCAAAUCAAAAAACUUAUGAAUCAACAUUAUCAAGAACCCAAGGACAUGCUGCACUUGGUGGUGGUGGUUUAGCAUUAUUUGGAUCAGCAUGUUUACACACAUGGCCAACAUGUCUUGGUCAAGUUAUUGAUAAAUUUCUUGAUACAACAAUUAUUGAUACUGAUUAUUUAAUGGAUGAUAGUAAUUAUCGUGGUACACAUGGUGGUUGUUUAGCAACAACAUUAGGAUCAGUAUUACAUGAACUUGGUCAUACAUUUGAUCUUGGUCAUACUAAAGAAGGAAUAAUGGGACGUGGUUUUGAUUAUGUUGAUAGAGUAUUUAUUGGUGGUAGUGGUAUUGAUGCUAAUAGAAAUCCAAUUAAAAGAGAUCCACAACAUACAACAAUAUCAUUAACACGACCAUUAAGUGUUACUGUUACUGUUAAAGCAUCAUCAAAUAUUAUUGGUAAAAGAGGAAGAUUAUUAUCUGAAACAUCAAGAUCAUUAACUUGUGUUGAUAAAAAUAGACAUAAUGAAAGAUUAUCAGCACCAGCAAGUCCAGAAUUAAAUAGAUCAUUUACAAGAAGUUUAACAACCAUUGAAAAUAAUAAUAAUAAUAAUAAUAAUAAAGAAUCUGAUAGAACAUUUUGGGGACCAUCUUGUUCAGCAAUACUUGCUUAUCAUCGUUGGUUUAAUUGUCGAAAUGACAAUAUACGAAUUAGAGAUAAUCAAGAAAUUCAAUAUGAUGGAAAAAGAAAUGUUGUACGUUCACGUUAUGGUAUACGUGUUAUGGAACUUCGUGAAUCAUCUGGUGGUAUGGUUGUUAAUUCACGUCAAUUUCCUGGUACAAGACCACCAUUAGAAGCACUUGUUCCACUUCCACCACAAUAUUGUCUUGUACCAUUGACUAUUUUUGCUGAAGAUUCAGUAGGAAAUAUACUUAAACAUCCACUUCCAACUGCCUUUUGAAAUUAAUCAACUUUUAUUCAUCAAUCAUUUUAAAGUAAGAUAUUAUUUAAUCUAUCUCAUGAUGAUGAUUGCCUUUGCAAAAUAUAUACACGAUUUAAAAAACUAUUUUUUUUUUUACAAUAUAUUAUACUCGAUAAAAAAAAAAAAUUUAUAAAUUCUUUCGCUUUUAAAUUGCAUUUAUGCAGCAAAUAAUUAUUGAAAAAAAAAAUUAUAUAAUCAAAAAAUAAUGAUCCAGGAAAAUUGAUAUAUUUAGAAUAUUUUUUUUUUAUUUAUUUAUUUUUCAAAAAUAUUAUAUGAAUUAUUUUUGAAAAAAAAAAAUUAGAUAUAUGUACCUGACUUUAUUGUCAAUAACAGUGAAAAAAACCCCACUGCUUAUAUUAUUAUUUAAUUAAAAAAAAAAAAAAAAAAACUCAGUGCAUCUAUUUUUAUAUAGAUAAUUAUUUAUUUAAAAAAUUUAAUUUUUUUUUUUUAUUGUAAGCAUGUGUUAUUUACUGCACAAAUGAAAAAAAAAAAGAAAAAAAUACUGGUCAAUAAUUUAAGAAUGCCUAAAACCAAAAAAUUAUUAUUAAAAAUAAUUAAAAUCAAAUUAAAUAAAUGCCGAUAAAGUUAAAAAUAAAUUCUAGCUUUAUAAAUUAUUAUUGACGAGUGCUAGUCAAUUAUUAAAAUAAAUCAUCAUAUUGACAGCUGAUUCAGUAUUAUUUCACUAAAAUUAUUUUAAUAACAUGUAGCAUUCCGAAUUCUAAAUAUAUUUAAGCUAUUAUAAAAAUAUAUAAACGACAAUACACAUGUAUCGUAAAAAAUAAUAAACAAUAAUAAAAUAAAAAA